UGAGACAGUUCAUACAUCGUCAUACAUUUGAGGAUAUCGUGUCCAUAAAGAUCCGGACAGAAAAAUAAGGCGCCCUGAAGUGCAGCCACUGACUAUACCUGACAGGACAAGACAUCACUGAGACAUCACCAUGUCAGAUGAUGGAGAAAAUGUCACGACAACACAACUGUACGAUUAUUCAUCCUAUUAUGACUAUGACUAUGGCGGUAACACAUUCAGUCCUUGCAGCACCGCCAAUUUGAAGGAUUUUGGCAAGGUCUUUCUGCCCACUCUCUAUAGUUUGGUUUUCGUCCUCGGCAUCGUAGGCAAUGGUUUGGUGGUGUGUGUCCUGGUGAAGCACCGCCGCCAGACCAACUUGACAGACAUCUGCCUCUUCAACCUGGCCGUCUCCGAUCUCGUCUUCGUCCUCACGUUGCCUUUCUACACGCACUUCUCCGUGGUCGGUCAAUGGCCUUUCGGAGACUUUAUGUGCCGCUUCGCCUCUGGCUCCCACAGCACCGGGUUCUUCAGCAGCAUCUUCUUCAUGGUUGUCAUGACGCUGGACCGCUACGUGGUCAUCAUGCACGCUCACAAGGUGGCGCGAUAUCGCACUCUGAGGGCAGGCGUCGCUCUGACCGUGCUCGUCUGGAUGCUGAGCUUGUUCGUCUCUCUGCCGGCUGUUCUCUUCACGAAGGUGACGAAUGAGUCUGACGGGAUAAACUGUCACUACGCCCCGGUAAACGAUGCCUGGAUUCUCUACAACAUCGUCACGACAAACCUAUUGGGUCUUGUGAUUCCCUUGUUGGUGAUGACAGUUUGCUACUCCAGGAUCAUCCCCGUACUGGUGAACAUGAGGAGCGCAAAGAAGCACCGCGUUGUCAAGCUGAUCAUCUCCAUAGUGAUUGCCUUUUUCGUAUUCUGGGCACCAUAUAACGUUUGCCUUUUCUUAAAGUCUCUGCAACUUGAAGCUAUAUUGAGAGACUGCGAAGUAAAUUUAAUGCUGUCAAUAACAGUGACCGAGACCAUUGCUUACACCCACUGCUGCCUGAACCCCAUCAUAUACGCCUUUGUGGGACAAAAGUUCAUGAGACGAGUCUUGCACAUGCUGAGGAAAUGGGUGCCUGGGGUUCUCCUUCCCUCCCCCAGAGAUCUUUCAUACAGCUCAUACAGGAAAAGCUCAGUCAUGUCCAGGUCCUCUGAUGCCACCUCCAAUUUCAUCAUGUAGGAGGUGGAUGCCAGAUGAUGGUCCAUAUUAUCACUGUUCAUGCUGCAUGAUUUUGUUCCGUCACUUCCUUUUUUCCACCUAUGACGGUGUUGAGUCAUCAGCACUGUUCCAUCUUAAGAAGCUGCAUGUAUGUGUACAUAUUAUCUUUAGAUUUCUACUUGCAUUUUAAGUUUGCACUGGAAUAUUUCGUGUUGACAAUAACAUGUCAGAUGUGUAGUGCCAUCAAGUGUGAGUAUCAGUAUCACUUUAUGAUCUCAGGGAAUUUCUCUCAAAAGUUAUACGAUGCCCCUUCUUUUCCUGCUGAGCACUUGACUGUAAACCAGGAACCUUUUGUUUGUAACGGCCUGCGACCACAAAGUUUGUUUUAGCGUGGCUGAGUCCUUUCAAACGCAAAUUGAAGAGAAACAUUCAUGCUGUAUGGUAUUAAACAAUAAAUUGUUUUGUUUUUUUACAUGUCCUUGUGAAAGUUCUUUC